AACAUGCACCGGAAGAGGCUGGUCAGAGUUGAAAGGUCUCCCAAGUUUUCCAUCGUAACGCUAAGCUAAUAGCUGAAGAAGCUUUCUCUUUCAUUUAUAAUUAAAAUGUCAGCUUCAGAAGAAAAUACAGAAAUGGCCACCCCGUGUGUGCUUGUCACUAGCUGUGACAGCGAGUUUAAAGAAGAAGAACUAAUCAAACAAAUCCUCAGUACGAAGACUUUACCCGAGCCGACAAAGCGAGACGAAACAGUGGUCUGGUACCCUUGGACCAUCAACAACAAGUAUUAUACGGCAGAUGUCAAUCUGUGUGUUGUCUCAAGCACGUUUCACAUGUCGUCAGAGAUUGCCCAGUCCAUGCAAGCUUUCAUCGCUUAUUUUGACAGCAAAGCGAAAGAUGGGCUGCAAAAGCUACAACCUUGGAUACCGGUAGUGGAAGAUCUUGCGCCAGAGGUGCUCAUCCUGGUCUGUGACAGAGUCUGUGAAAAUGGAGUCACCAGACAUGAAGCGCAGCAGUGGUGUUUGGCUCAUGCGUUUGAGCUUGUAGAACUCAAUCCUCAGGAGCUCCCAGAUGAGGAUGACGACUUUCCAGAAUCCACAGGAGUAAAGAGAAUUGUUCAGGCUCUCAAUGCAAAUGUGUGGUCCAGUGUGGAAAUGAAGGAUGGGCACAAUCAGGGCUUUGGUCUGAUGAGCAGUUUGGUGGCUUCCAGACAUAACAACCCACGCACCUGCCAAGAUCCACCAUCUUCCAGCUUACCAGUAGAGGGCACCGUUAACAAUGAGGAGCCUAACCAUACAGAAAGUACUACAAACACAGACACACAGGAAGAGGCAGUAGUUGAUGCAAUGACUGAUUUGGACAUUCAGGAGCUCGCCAACCUCACAACUGGAGAUGUAGAUGUUGAUAACUUUGAACGCCUUUUUACCAAAUUAAAGGAGAUGAAAGACAAAGCUUCUUCGUUACCCCACGAGCAGAGAAAAGUUCACGCAGAAAAGGUGGCAAAAGCAUUUUGGAUGGCCAUCGGUGGUGAUGAAGAUGAGAUAGAUGGGUUAUCAUCAGGAGAGGAAAGCUAAAAGUAGCUGGCUGUAACUUGGACUCCUUUCACCUGAUCCUCCUGUUUUUCUUGGGGCUUCCACAAGAUUCAGCAUCAUGUGACAUCCUGCUUGCACUUGGAAAGUGGAGAUGCUUACAGAUGGCACUGUAGGCAUUGGUAUAUUUAGAAACUGUGGAUUCUUAAUAUGAAAUGAUGUAUUGAAAAAACAGAUGGGAUUUCCUGAUUGCAAGAAAAGCAAAUGAGUGGCCCUGAUCCUCAAUCUACUCCCCUGGGUUCCUCACUAUGCUUUAGCCCUAAGUGAACCUCAGCACGCGAUGGUGUUGAUGGUGGGGAAAAACAUGAAAUGUAUGUGGUUUGUGUAUUUGUUAUUAGGUACAUUGAUACGUAUAUUUUAAAGGUAAAUGAUGUGCCUUAUCCUAAAAACACAUAUAAUGCACACUGGAAUAAAUUAACACAAAAUCUUGUGAUUUUAAUAUUUAGUGAGUAUGUUUUAUUUGUUGUGAACACUCACAUGGGUUCACAAUCUCUAUUCAGCUUAAAUAAAAGGAUAUAUGUGUAUUGUG